AUGAAGUACUCACUCUUCACCGCCGUUGUUGCGGCUUUCGCUUCCGGCGUCAGCGCUGCUGAUGCCGUUAAGGGCGCAGCUGAGGGUUUCGCCAAGGGUGUCACUGGUGGUGGUAACGCUAAGCCCGUCUACCCUACCACUACUGCCCAGCUCAUCAGCUACCUCGGUGACUCGUCUCCCCGUGUUAUCGUCCUCACCAAGACCUUUGACUUCACUGGCACUGAGGGUAAGGCUACCUCCGCCGGUUGCCGCCCAUGGGGUACCGGCUCCACUUGCCAGAUCGCCAUCAACAAGGACGGAUGGUGCGACAACUACCAGCCCAAUGCUCCCAAGGUCGGCAGCAUCACCUACGAUAAGGCUGGUAUGCUCGGCAUCACUGUCCAGUCCAACAAGUCUUUGAUCGGACAAGGCUCCAAGGGUGUCAUCAAGGGCAAGGGUAUCCGCAUGACUGGCAACGUCAAGAACAUCAUUAUCCAGAACGUUCGUUUCACUGAGAUCAACCCUCAAUACGUCUGGGGUGGUGAUGCCAUCACCGUUGACGGCGCCGAUAUGAUCUGGAUCGACCACGUCACCACCGACCUUAUUGCCCGCCAGCACAUUGUCCUCGGUAACAAGGCUUCCGGCCGCGUCUCCAUCACCAACAACGAGAUCAACGGUGCCACCGCCUGGUCUGCUACCUGCGACGGCCACCACUACUGGGGCAUGUACUUCACCGGCAGCAACGACAUGGUCACCCUCAAGGGCAACUACAUCCACCAUACCUCCGGCCGCUCCCCCAAGGUCGCUGGCAACACCAUCCUCCACGCCGUCAACAACUACUUCUACGCCAACUCCCAGCACGCUUUCGAGGCCGACUCUGGUGCCAAGAUCAUCGCUGAGGGUAACGUCUUCCAGAACGUCAAGGAGGCUGCCCAGUCUGGUCUUCCCGGCAAGGUCUUCGCUGUUGGCUCCAACGGCUCUGCCUGCAAGGCUGCCAUGGGCCGCAACUGCGAGAUCAACGCUUACGGCAGCUCUGGCCAGAUGGCUGGCUCUGACACCAGCAUCAUUGCUAGCAUGAAGGGCAAGAACAUUGCCGCUGCCGGCACUGCUGCCAGCACCAAGAACGUCCAGCAGUCUGCUGGUUACGGAAAGAUCUAA